CCGUUUGCUUCUCUCCGGGCUCUCCCCCUCUUUCCGCAGGCCCAUGGACUAACCCGGGAGGGGGCGGGGCCAGCGGGUGACAGCGAGAGCGGCCGGGACCGCACGGGGGCCGGGGGGCGGCGGCGGCAGCAGCGCCAACAGCAGCAGCGAAGGGGGUGGUGAGGCACCAGCACCCCCAGCACCACUUCCAACAGCAGCAGCGGCGCCACCUCCAGCAGCGUCACCACAAGGAGCAGCGAGGAGGGUGGGCGACACCACCUUCACUACCCCCAGCGCCACCUCUAGCAGCGCCACCACCAGCAGCAGCAGCGAAAGGGGUGGGCGACAGCACCACUGGCGUCACCAACAGCGCCAUCAGCAGCAGCAGCAGCGAAGGAAGGGGGCAGCACCACCACCCCCAGCGCCACCUCCAGCAGCAGCGAAGGGGGUGGGUGGCAGCACCAACAUCGCCACCACCAUCCUCAGCACCACCAGCAGCAGCGAAGGGGGUGGACAUCACCCCAGCGCCACCCCCAGCAGCCCUGCUGCGCUGCGCUCUGCCGAGGCUGAGUUUCUGUCCUGUAAAUCUAAGGUUCCUUCAUGAAUAACUUAAAUGACCCUCCCAACUGGAACAUCUUGCCAAACCAGCGGGAGCCCGGGGGUGAAGGCAGCAGAUGGAACUACGCCUUGCUGGUCCCCAUGCUGGGCUUGGCAGCCUUCCGUUGGAUCUGGACCAGAGAAUGUCAAAAAGAAAUAGAAAGAGAAAAAAAGGAAUAUUAUAAAAAACAUUCAUCUUUACAAAAAGACCUGGAAGCCAAAUACCGAGAUGUAAUUACAGAAAAUCGUCGCACAGUUGCUCACUUGGAGUUGGAGCUUGAAAAGGAACGGAACAGAACCCUGAGUUACCGUGAAGCCCUUGUGUCCCAGAGUCGCAAACUAGUAGAAGAAAGAAGGAUUCUAGAACAGGAGCAGGAGAAGUUGGAGCGAGAAAAACAAGUCCUUUUGCGCUCUGGAGCAGCAGGUAACUUGUACGAAAGUUGUCUGGCAAAGGAAGAAGAGUGGCAAAAGAGAGCAAAUAUUUUACUGAAAGAAUUUGAAGAGGGUCUUAAAGAAAGACAGGACAUCUACUGCAGUGUCGUUGUACCCAGAAGCCAGAGAUUAGAAAUAGAGAAAAAUCUGCUAGUUAAAGCAGCAACUGAUCCUCUUGCUGUGGCUCUACAUAUGGAAAGUGGCUUAAAAGAUAUUUUCAAACAUGAUAACUACUGUGGCAAUUUGCUGAACAGAAACAAAAGUCAAAAUGGAAAACUUAUGUGGCUGUAUCUGAGAUAUUGGGAACUAGCUAUUGAAUUACAGAAGUUCAAGAGGGCGGAAAAAGCCAUGUUAGGGAAACAAUAAGUAGUGCAAGUAAUGGGAUUUCAUGUGAUCCACUGUGUAUAGUAGGGACAAUCACUGUUGUAGUCUGAAGCUGUUGAAUUCUCCUACUGUGUUUCCAUUUCUCGUCCCCGAUGCACUUGUAUUUGCAUGGGGCAUAUGCAGUGUUGGUGCCUUUCCUUUCACUAUCAACAGAUGCUCCAGUGAGCUAUGCAUGCUAUUAAACUCUGUGAGUGUGCUCGUAUUGCAGACUGCAGUGUAUGCCCGCUUCCACAAGUAUCAGAAGCAGCAAAACAGAACUCAAUUUAGAGUAAUUUACCUGGUUGAUGGUCAUACUCCAUCAACAGACAAGUGUGGUUUGUCUCUGCUAAGUGGGGUAGCACGUUGUGCUGCUUAUCCCUGAUGUUUUACAUGGUGUCUCAAGGCUAUCUUUUUAUUAUUUGGAGGUUUUUUUGUUUAUUUGUUUAAGCGAGACUGAUUUUGAGGCAGAAGUUUGGGGGAGACCAUGUUUAAGCAAAGUGCUUUUUGCAUAAAUCCUACGUAUAUUCAUACAUUUAUUGAAACGUGUGAAUGUGCGUGUGUAUAAGUGUAUUAGUAUUCAGAGGGGGGAAUAGUAUGAUAGUGUUUCAAAUUAACCAGUUUUUCAUUGUCUUCCACCUUAAUAUAUAAAUAGUAAUUUAUGAAUGAAACAUCCAAAGGAUUCUAAUUAAAAUAACAAAGAAACAGUUUGAUGGAAGACUCAUUAGAGCUGGGAAUCCAUGCUUGGAUGCUGGAGAGUGUACAAACUUGAAGUUAUGUUCUUACCAUAUGGUAGGUAAGUUAAGAAUACUUACGUUUUUUUCUGAGUCAAGGUUUUAGUUGUAACCCAACAAUGUGCCUCCAAUAUAGACGUC